GGGAGAUCGAUUUCUUACAUUCUUCUAUGUUCCUCUUCGUCGAUUCGAUUUCUCAACUGAGAUCGAUCAUCGACACCACUCCAUCUGUUUGUGAUGAAUCCCCCUUUAAUGGCUUCUCCCCCUCUAAUCGCUUUGUUACGCCGUAAGCUAGCAUCUUUCUGAGUUCUUUAGUAGAUUUCGACCCAGAAUAAGGGCAUGGGUUCACCAAUGGUCGUUUCGCUGAUCUCGGCUUGGAUCCUCUCAGAGAUUUUACAACUUUCAUGAAGCUUCGGAGAGAUCUCAAAACAACAUCAACAUCCAUGGUGAGCCAUUAACGACAGCUUUGAGUAAAAAAAAUUUGGGGGGGGGGGGGGUUUCUCAAUCUCGCUCGCUGAUUCGUUAAAAGUUGGGGGUUCCCCAGAUCCAAAUGGAGUCACCUCAUUCGAAUUUGCUCCCUGAAGUUGAUUCCCUACCCGAUGGAUUCGUCGACGGAGCUGCUGACGAACAAAAUCGUGAUGAUGUUGAUGUCCCGAUUGAGAAAGCAGAGAAGCCCAGGACUUUCCCUGUUCCGCUCUCUGAAGAAACUGAUUGUAAGGACGAGGAGGUUGUUGAUGACGUAAUCAAAGCCUCGAGCAAGCUUAGCUUAGAGCAGAAAGAAUCAUCCCCUCCUCCUCCAACAUUAUCAGAAGGGUCUACUCAAAAUCCAAACUUGUGCAAGGACUCAACUCAGAGUGUGGAUUCGGUCAAACCCAGAAAACAAGAGGCAGUUGAGAGUAGUAAGCUUAAGAGUUCAAAGAACGUGUUCAAAUCAGAAAAGGAGUUUCUUGAAUUCAUGCUCAAGUAUCAACAAGUCCUUUCUGAAAGAGAUUCUGCUGUUACUGUCCGUGACAAGCUUGAGUCACUUUGUAGAGAGUUACAACGUCAAAACAAAUUGUUAAUGUGGUUUGGCGACAGCUCCAUAACUUGAGUUCCAGGUUUCUUCAAAUGAAAGCUUGGAUCCAUAUUUGACUAUUUGAGCAGAAAGAUCUGAGGACUGGAUAAAUAAUUAACAUAAGUCAUCUUAUCUGUUAUUGCACUAAUAUGUUUCUAACAGAGCUCCAUAAGCAUGAACUAUUGACAGGCGGUUGCUUCAAAUCUUAUUGUUAUCACAUAUAUCAAUUCAUGUGCUUAGCAAGAAUCAUGUUCCUACAAAAGGGCCUAUUACCCUGCUGUAGAGAAGGUUUUGGAGAUUAUAAAGCAGAAGAGUUCUUCUCCUAGCAAGGUGGUCCUUGCUCGCAGCAGCAGUCAUUACAGAUACUGAUAUUGAUAUUAUUGCUUGGCUUGCACAGUAGCAGGUGUGUAUGUUUGAUCUUUGACUAUUUAUAUGGCAAUGUUAAGACUUAAAUCUCACUAUCAUUAUUGUGUGAAAAAGUGAAUGGCAUGAUGCAUAUCAGUUCUGUCUUCAGCCACCAGGUGCACCAGCUUUUAUCGGUAACACUGUAUGUUAUUAGUAGUCUCUUGGUACAUUUUAUUUGUAGCUCACAUAUUUGGACGAAACAAGGCUUAUCCGUGUGACAUGCAUCUUUGUGAACCAACCUGAGAGACUUUUCCAAAGGCAUCAGUUAGGUGUCUGCAGUGAAGCUUUGGCUGCAACUAGGCCUUGAGCUACUUCGACAGCACAUGAUUUGGAGAUAGAGCGUGACUUUACUAUAACCAGCCCCAAACACGUCUCUACUUUGCGCGGGUUAGUGUUAUGUGUCUUCGACCGGGUAACUGUUAUGUGUCUGGAUUUUGACAGAGAACCACGACAUCUCUUAGUUUAAAGAAGUAGAAGUCUCUCUCUUUUUCCAAACUGUCUAUGUAUAAUUAUGUGAUCUUUGUGAAAGAAAUUGAAUCAAUCAAUUUUUUGUAUUUUCAUGACUAAUUUCAGAAACUAAUAUGAUCAGAGAUGGUGGUUUGUGUUUUUACAGGUUCCAUACGUAGACGAAGCUCUAAAUAGAGCCAAAAAUUAAAAUAUUGUAGUCUAGCUGCAAUUCAUGUGUGUUUCUAAUCUAAAUAGAAACAGCAGAAAAUAUAUUCAGCGAGGUUAGAAUUAGCUUUGAAGUGUCAUCAUAUACUUUGCCACGAGGAUAAGAAAUGGCAAAAGAAAAAGAUGCUAAUGAAGCCCAAACAAAGACUAAGUGUUUUUUUUCUUCCUUUAUUGUUGUAAACGGCAAUAGUAAAAGUUAAAA